AUGAGCCAGACCUCACUGAAUGUGACGUUGAUGUUCACUGCAUUUGGAUAUCCCCGUUCACUCAAUUACUUAUUUUUCGCUUUUACUCUUUUGGUGUAUCUUACUUCAGUUUUUGCAAACGUUUUCCUGAUGCUGAUUAUCUAUUUAGAAUCUAGCCUCCACAAGCCCAUGUACAUAUUUUUGUUCAACUUGGCAAUAAAUGGACUGAUAGGAAGUUCUACGGUCUGGCCAAAAAUCAUGGACUAUCUUCUCUCAGACACUAAAGAAAGCUCCCUUGAGGAUUGCCUGAUUCAGGCAUUUUGGACCAACUUCUACGGAGGUUCUGCAUACACUAUUUUAACACUAAUGGCUUAUGACAGAUAUGUCUCCAUUUGCAAACCUUUGCAAUACCACAGCAUCAUGACUCCCACUAAAGUGAAGCAACUGUUGACUGUUGCAUACAUCUUUCCUGGCUUCUCUAUAUCCAUUCAGGUAUAUCUAAUUUCAAGACUCCCAAUGUGCAGUUAUACCAUUCACAAGCUGUUCUGUGAUAACCUGGCAAUUGCUAAUCUAUCAUGUGUAACAAGUAAUCUGGUUAACCUGCAUGGUUUAUAUGUCAUUGUAGCUCUAGUAGUCUUGCCUUUAUGUGUAGUACUGCUUUCUUAUGUCAAGAUACUUCUUGUGAGCUUGAAAACCUCAAAGGAAGCACAAAAGAAAGCUCUAAAUACAUGUACUCCUCACUUAAUCACUUUCAUUAAUUUCUCCCUGGCUUCUCUCUUCUCUGUCAUUUAUAAUAGAUUCAGCCUGUAUCUGCCUAGAGAGAUUAAUGUAUUCAUGUCAGUGCACUUCGUCUUGGUCCCUCCUCUGUUACAUCCAAUUAUAUAUGGAAUCAGAACUCAGGAGAUCAGGAAAUGUCUUACGAAAAUAAUAAGAAAAAGGAGAAUUUUUCUGUCUGCCAUUUGA